AUGAUCUUCAAAAGAGGAAAGUUCGCAUCUCAAGAGUUCAUAAGAAAUUCUGGAGCAUUUCAAGAAAACAAAAGAAAAUCUGGUAGACCAUUUCGCCUAUCAAAUGGUCAAAGAGAGAAGUUCCUUCCUCCCUCUUCUCGAAUCGGAUCGCGAUCUCAUGCGCGGCUCCCACCAUUCCGAAAUGAUGGUGCUCAGAGAAGAUCAGGACCAAGGUUAACAAGCCAAGAAGCCUGCAUAAACGCUAGCACCUCUUCCGACUAUUUAGCUUCAAAAUCAACAUCCAGCUCAUUAGAUUCAUUGUCGAGCACAUCUAUUCCAACGUCGGACCCCACUUCUAGUAUUUCUACUCAUUUCUCAAGCGCACAGCUAAAACACUACGAAAGAAGUGAUCCACUAAGUUCACAUUCUAUUUCUGCAGACACUGCAGACAUAGAGUCUUCGUUUGAUCGAAUCAGUCUGGAAAAAUUCACUGCGGCACAACACGAUAGAAGAGAAAUACACCCAAAUAAAUGUGCUGGAAACAAUUUAAUGUGGAUGAACAACGAACAUGACACAGAUGCCAAAGUAUCACGUCCAAGCUUUGUAUAUAAGAUGAGCCGGGAGAGUAAAAUUAACAAGCAACAUAGUGCAAAUAUAAACUUAGGAAAACUCGAUUCCUCAAUGGGAAAUAACGGAUCUCUCCCAUCACUGGAUUCCACGACCAACACUGCCUCCAGCAACACCAUAAUCGCAUCCUCAUCCUUCAUGUCAACGCCUGUAAAGACUCAUUUUCAGAAUGGAAAUCCUUCCCUAGCAUCGCCAACUAUUAGCAUCAUUAGAAAAUGCGAGGUACCGUCUAUACAAAACAUGCAGGCCGAAGACAAAACGAGUAUAGAUAAAAGUGAUCAUUCUGUAUGCGGCCAGAUUGUAGAAAAUGUGGAAGUGGCGAAAAUGUGUACAAUGAGUUUGAGAGCCAGGUUUCCUAGCUGGAAAAUUAUCGUGGACGACAACGACUAUAAUUACGACGUGAACGGCAGCGAAAACGGUAUGAACCGUGACGACGCGAAGAUAAAUGAUGCUGAAACACCCCCAAAGCAGAAAUUGAGAACACGACAAAUCAUGGAGAGCAACAACGGGCAGCUGAGUUCAUUCGUUUCAACGCCAAGGGGCAACUCUAGUGGAUCAGACACAAUGGCUGAGCUGAUGGAAAAAGCCAAUGCUGCGACUGGUCAAAAAGUGGAUCAGAUCAAGGCCCAUUCAGCAUCAGAUGUGAUAGACGGUGAAAUCAACAUAAUGGAAACUGAAGCGGAUAAAGAUAACGCGGUUGAAGAGGAGGAAAAGAUGGAAAAUCAAGAUGACAACGCGUUGGGAAGAAUGGUAUUCCCACGAAAAAGCCUGCUUCAGGUACCGAAUUACAAUUUGGACAGUGACUUUUGUGAACGUGUACCUGCGGCAUUAUUUGACAGUCAGCUGUACCACAACUCCAAGCUGAUGCUGGAGCAUGGAGCUGCGGAUCGCAAUUCCAGUUCUGCCGGAGCACGUCUGUUUCGCCAACCGCGUAAGUCAUUGGCGAUGAUAUUCGCCACGUUGGGCGACAAUCUCGGUCUCUCAGAGUCUCCAGCCAGUCGGCAGCAUCACUAUCUUGCCCGGCGACAGCGCACCAACAGCGCCAUAAGUAGCCAGUCAUUUAGGGUUGACUAUGCUGAACAUGAGCAAGUGGAAAAGCUCGACGGUGUUGGUACAGCUGCAGCCGGUGCUUUGGAGAAGAAGACGAGAAAAAACGAGUAUCCCAGCUUAUGUCGUGGCAACGAGAUGAGCUGGAAGAAUGCAGAUCUGGAAGCCAACAGACAGUUGAGCACCGGCAGCGACGAAGACGACGGUCUGGGAGCAAGAUCUCUAUUCAUUGUGGACAUACUGUGCUGCACAUGCUGCACUCGGAACGACGAGGAGGAGGAGUAUCUGAGCCUAAUUGAGAACCACAAGUUGGCCAGAAUGGUCACUUUGCUGGCGGUGCUCACCAUCCUCGGCUUGGUGUUGGCCUACAUUAUCCGUUCAGUGACAGAAGACUCGACGCCUGAUCUGCUGAACCGCCACGAGGGACGAAAUGCGCUUAGGCAAUCGUUCACGAGUGCCCAACUAUCGAACUCAGCGCCCUCUUCUCAUCCAGCA